AGCUCAAAGAUCCUUGCUUCAUGUCUAUUGGAGAUGCACUACCUGGCAACGUGGCAUGUGCUGUACGAUACGGAAAUUUGUGCAUACCGGAUAUGAAUGCGUCUCGGUAUGCUUGCAAAUGCAACACCCACUACAGUAAAAUGCCCAAGACCACUCUACCGCGAGGUAGACUGCUAGACAAUUGUUUGCGUGCAUUGGACCCGUGUGCAAUUAAGGCGUGUAGCCAUGGGACUUGUGUCUUGUCCGAUGUUGGUGUGACACUAGAAGUCAAAGGCAAGCAGCAACGUGAGCCAUUCACCUGGCUAGGCCGAGUGCCUGCAAUUAGGGCACGUUGUUUGUGUAAUGCAGGUUGGACAGGAGACACCUGCAGUCACCCGCUGGUGCUAAAUGCUUGGACCCCGUGGUCACCUUGGUCUCACUGUGAACCGGCUUGCCAGUCCUCCAUCAGGGAGUUACCGCCCACUGCUGUAGGUGAAAUGGUCCCCGCCGGAGAGAGCACACCCAGAUGGGGUGUUCGUCAACGCACCCGAUAUCGCGAUUGCAUAGGUUACUCUUCCGAUUGUCGCCAGGAAAUGAUGGAACGCUCUGCGGACAUGGGCCUAAGCAUUGAAGAUGGAGAAACGUGGAGGCAGUACGAGAGACGUGCAUGUCGUCCGAGACCUUGUGAUCGUCACUUAUAUUUGGCCAUAGGAAAGAGAGCCGUAAGACGGUCACGCAUUCAGAAGCAAGUGCGCGAAACGUUGAAGCAAGCCCACACGGUGCAUGUAUGGACUGUGUUGGCGUUCACUUUUCUCUUCGCUAUUUUCGGAUUCUUCGCAGCAUUUGCGGUCAAAAUCCAAAGUGAACGAGCAUACGAGGAACCGCUGAUGGAGAAUCGACAGGACCAUUCGUUAGUGCUUUAGGCCGAUGGAAGUGUCUGGGUACUUUCCUACACAUUGUCGUAUUGUCAUGGCUUUCAUCAACUGCUCACGAUACUAAUAGUUUGACAAAUCUGGUUGGCCGGUCUGUUAAAUGUCAAUAAAUUUUGCAUUUUUCUAUCCUGGGA